AUGAGCAUCCGGAGCCAGUUAACGGAAGACCGGAAGCCGCAUCUGCCACAGUUUCGCCCAAUAACACCCGAGUCUGUGCGACUAGCGGAGGAGCGAUACAGGCGUCAACUGCGGCGCGACAAGAAAGCCAGAAUGGCCAAAAAAGGUGCUGUUGCUGUCGAAAGUAUAAACAAUCUCAAUCGUUUACUGCAUGUUGUGAAUAGAUGUCACUUAAUGGUCACUUCUUCGGAAACAUAGUAUUUUUUCGGCAAAGGAGCUAGGCUGGGAGCUAGACCUUUAAUGCACUGUGCAAUGGCUGAUUAAGUCAGCUCUGUGUUACACAUUAUCAGCAGCCUGAUACAUCACCUCCCAUGGCAGCCGAUCAGGUCAGGACAUCGCAGUCUACAUAACUGGAACACCAACUAUGCAAAACUUAGACCGUGGGACGGAAAAUGCGUUCAGGGUCUGCCUUCGCUGACCCCAUGCGCGUACUUAGAGAGCUGCAGAGGCCACUACUUGUCACGGCUGUGCUAGAGCAAAAUAACAUCCCGGACGACUCGGUCUUCAACUUGGCUAAACAGAUGGGGGAGCGAGUACGGAGCACAUAGAUGAUCGAUAAGAUUAUCGAGUGGUUGUAUGACUUUUCUGUGGAGAGAGGAUGAGGAACGGAGCUUAGGUACCAGCAGCUCCAAUGGGAGACAGCAUUCUAAGCGCACAGCAUAUGCUAAACCUGGGCGUUCCCUGUUUGACACACCUUUCAGCUAAGGGUAGCCGAAACUUUUCGUCGGCUUUAGAGCGUCAGUCUAUGCAAUGUACAGGGUCAAUUUAAACCACACAUCGUCUCGGCUGAUUCAAUUCUUGGGCCGCAUUUUCGACUGUCGCUGACACACCAUGGUGUAUGUCUGCAGAAGGGCUUACCAAAUCCAAAAUUUCCUCAACGUUUUAAAGACUUGUGGUCCACGGAUGAUGACCUAUUGUUAUACUAGAGCGGACGUCGCAAUUCUCAUGAAACGAAAUUAUGUUACGUAGUUGACAGAUAGAUCGGCAUGUUACCCUUAUCCCCGCCAAACGCAUGAGAGCAGGCUACUCAUCAUGUGAUGGCAAUACAGGGUUUGAUAUGAAGUCGCAUGAGGGAGUGAUUAAAUAAAACGACUGAGUGGACCAUGAAGAUGACGCCUAGUAGGUGCAUGCCACCGUAGUGUUGCACAGCGAUCUGUGACCCAUUUAGGAGGCCCGUGCUAAGGAUCACAAGAGUUUGGAGGUUUGGUUACCGCUCUCACAAUCUUGAUUAGAUGGCCACUAGUUGUCCCCGUUUUGUAACAUUUCGGCAAGGUGAUCAUUACCGGGUGUUUUGCUAAUCGUCGGUUUCACUUUAGUGUGACAAAUCGCUAACCCAUUCUUGGAUAAUAUGUGAAGGUUCGAAAAACGACGCUGUGUUAAACAUAUGAGACCGUAAAUCAAUUGCAUGAUUUCUCCGUUUAACAUAACGCAUCCUACUAUCGUAGGCGCUUUAGUAACGAUAGUAACUGUCACACAUAAUUUCCGAUAAGUUAAACUUUUCAAAAAUUUUCGACUCAAGUUUAGAAGGGACGUUGAAAGCAACAUGGACGAGAAAUUUCGCCAAUCACGCUGAGACGCAGUGUUAUCUGUCUUAGGUACUUUACGUGGGUGAAAAGAAGAAGUGUAGGAAUGACGGGGAAAGCAACCAUAGAAAAAGUGGAUUUCGGUAAAAUGUUGCAAUCACCGAGGGGAAAGCACCGAUUGUCAAGUUUAACCUCAAUUCACUCCUCAUGAAUUUCUCAGUGACAGAGCUCCUUAUCGCUCUCAUCCUCAUCAUCCAUCGUGCAGUCUUAUUUCCAAUUUUUUACUAGCUUUAACAAAGAAUAGUAUGUUACAGAAUGAGACACCUUAGGAAAGUAAGAUUCAGGGCUGGAAACCGAUAAUCGUAUCAGCCAGAUGAAGUUUUACCCUUGUACCAAGACGGGACCUUCAGCUACUUUGUAAGAAUUUAGUGAGGUGUGUGUAGACUCUGAGAGGUAAGCACUUUUAUUCUAAAAAAGAGAAAACUUCAUAUUUUAUGCCUCAACAAAUGCAUAAUGCCUCAACUGUUAGCGGUGCACAAAAAGCUUUAGGUGCGGACUUGCUUAGUAAGCCUGCGCUUUAUGAGCCAAAACAUUACCCUUUAUGGACGGAGUUGUUGGGUAGCGGAAUCGAUGUUCUCGCGGCCAAAUACCAAAGACCAAGGCUUGAAACCGGCGCGCCAUUACAGAAGCCAUUGGUCGUUUAGAUGAAAUUGAACUAAAUGCGAUGAUUUGAAGUCGAAUGGUAUGUGCGCCAAUAUAAACAUAAACUCAACUUCACUAAUAAAUCGAAUGUUCUCAACUAUAGGCCUGACUAUUUACAAAAUGGUAGUCUUAACCUACGCCCUCAAUACUAAAAUUCUAUCAAAGUGAAUGUCCUCAAUAACAGUUAAACUGUGUCGGUUGCAGUUGCAGCACAGAGUUCGUGAGCAUAUACCUCAUUCCAUGUUACCCGUCAAAAGAAACUUUUGAAGUUCAUCAUUAGCAUUCUCUUCCCCCAACUGAGGCGAAAGAGGGAAACAUCCGAAUGCUCUAUUCUUGAUGACAAAUAUUUUUUAGAGAAACAAAGAACGCGUCGCCGGAGAAAAGAAUGGUUGCAAAAUGUAAUAGAAAAGGGCGAAAUGAAUAUCGAUGAGGAGGAAGAACCUGAAGAUGGUAUCCGUGCGACCUCCAUUGCAUUAAUUUCGACAGAUGCAGUCAGCGAAACGCUCGAUCAGGGUCGUACGCAACCGGGGGCUAAAAGAGUUAAAACAACGAAAGCCCUUGAGGAGGAUCGAGAAAUUAAGGAAGAUGAGGACGAACCGGAGCUGCCUGAAAAGCCUAGCCUAAUCUUCGCCACAGGAAAGAAAUUGAUCCCCCCUUUGAGUAACAGAUUCUGUUCCAGACGAUACACCGGCACCCCGCUGGAAGAGAUGGACGACUUCUACAGGAAUAAAAGGGUAAGUCAGAAGUUAUGGUUGGUUUCGAGCCAACGCCUUGGUUCAGUAUACGGUUGCAUUUUGCUGUGGGAAAUUCGAAAGGGAUGAUAUUGGAAUUUACUUACUUUCGUGUUACUGGACGUAAUGAGGAAAAUAACAUUGUAUUUUGACACACAUUACCAUUUGGGCGGUAAUCAGUAGUCAUGGUAACUGCGAACAAACACUGAUUGCAUAUUGAACGACAUAGCUGGUUAGGUUCGAUCUGAGCGCAGCAGUGGACUUGACAGUGAGAGACAAAAUCUAUACGUAUGGCACCUUAGAUCGAUAACUGAUAUCUCAUUAACAGGCUGGAUAAGUAGAUUAUAAGUGGUAGUUCAAACUCCCCAUCAAAAGGCACGCUAUAUGAAUGCCUGUCGAAGCGUCGAAGUAUCAAACGAGAAUCAUUGUUAACAGAGGAAAACCAAUGCAUGUAUAUAAUACAUGAGCAACAGGCCAGACGCAGACAGCUGUUUCACGGUCAUUACCGAUCAUGAGUACGUCAUAGGCCUUAUGAGGUGAGGUAUAUACGCAUGUCUGAGACUGGCCUCUUGCACUCUUAGCGAGCUGCCUAUGUAUUGUAUGUGGUAUGUGUCCUAUGGCAUAGCAUUCGUUGUCGCCAGUAGCAAGCUGGAGGGUGGACAGAAUGGGAUCGAGUGAGAUCCUAACCACAACAUAGAGGGUCAAACGCCCACUUGACAUGCAUAUAUAUAUAUAUAUAUUGACGUGAUCGAAUCAACAACGGCGAGUUAAAAGUCAUGACUGGGGAGGUUGCCGACUGACGGGAUGGCUCGGUCUAGGUGGGAGUCUCUGGAGAACUGAGGGUCAGACAUCAUUGCCUGCUCAAUGUGGCCUCAAUGGCACCCCCACUGGUGUGAGGCCCGAGUUCACCUUACUGUAUUCUGUUACAUGUGGUGGGGACCGAGUCGUGUGUGACACAUUUAGACUGUUUGCUUAGCCUUGCCAGCCUCCAAACACCCGCGUCCACCUCCGGUCGGUUUGCACUUUCUUGCCGUCUGAUCCAGGUGGAUGAGACAGGAGUGCAGUAGAUACGUGCAAGUCUCCCCCACUAUAAACUAAUUCACGCGCAAAUCUUGUGCGCUGCGCCUACUCCGUGGGGUGCAAUGUUGAUGUCGUCGUCCGCGAUGGUCGAACUGUCAAUGCAACUUAUAGGAAAAAUAUUGUACUCGCUCGUUCUCAUGCAUCCGUUUUAGUGGGGCUUAGAAGUUCAAAAGCCAUACCUCUAGAACUUGACGACCAUGAGGAAGGUGGGCCAAUUUUUUCAGGUUGGUAAUGUGAUCAAGUGGACAGUAGAAUUCUGCAGAAAGUGAGCGCGGUCCAAGCAAUGUGGCUGAAAACUUUUACAGGUUAUGCUAGAUACAUUUUAAAAUCUAUACUAAAUUAACCUAAGUAAAGCUCUUCACCGAAUUUUACUUUUGAUGAUGGCGUAUUUGCGUUAUACGGGGUCAUUUCUAGUUGCUUAAAAUCUGCCGUUAAAAGUACUAAUAACAGCUGUCAACGAAAGUGAACGAAGUUAGUUGUGCCCAUUCGCCUAAAGUUCUGUUUGAGACGUGCCAUCUCGGGUUUCCGAAACGUUGACCUGUUUAAGGCUGUAUCCCCAUCUCAGCUAAUUAGGACAGAACUAUUCAGUAUAAAAGAUAACUUGAAGGUCUUUUUCGCAUUAUAGAGUUUUGUCGUAAUAAGCGGGGACAAAACAAUAUUUCGUCUGAGCCUUACUCCCUCACUCUUCGUCUUUGGUCCAUUCAAUCCGAUAAGAUUGGCGGCCAUCUAUGCCAUGGUUCAUCCAUAUCCUUUUCCAACUCUUCAUAAGGCCUGCUCUGCUUUUUGAUUUACAUUUAGAGCUAUUUUGCCAGAUUUUAUUCGUUUCUUGAGCCAUACUAGUGAACAUGUACUACUUUUCUAUUCUGACGUACGUAUCUUGAGAAAAUAGCAGGCUGCAAAACGCUUCAAGAAGACGUAACACUGUCUGGUCGUCAAACAGACUUCGUUCAAAAAACCAGCAAACUGACAGACCACUGGCCGCGCAAUAUGCAGUAGUAUUCGCCUUGUCCAGUUCCCGCUUCAACUUCUCAAGCUGUCAUUUUAAUGGCGUCAGUCUGUUAAGCUGUAAGUCUCGUAUUUUUAUCCUGGCCAAUUUUCCUAUUCAUUCGUAUCACCAUUUCUCCUUAACUCAUCUAAUCGCCGGGAAUUCUGGAACUUCCACAAUGUUCAGCAUGGUCGUCCUCACAGCGAUUCUCGUAAAUUGUGUGUUUAUGGCCUUAAACGACUCCUCAAAACUUGUUGAGUAAGUCGCACACCCUCUUGCUGAUAUACAUGCAUCUUUGUCCGAAUAGGCAUUUCUCCACUAACUGUUGAGAGGUCGUGCCAAGGUAGUUUGGAAAGCAGCCGUCAUGCCUUCAGCGUAGUGAAAGUGGUGCCAGUGUACAUCACUCGCUUUGGUUUAAUAUGAUUUCAGAUGCAAGCCAGUGAUACAAAAUAAUGUGUACACCAACGGGUAGCUGGAAUUAAAUAAUACAUAUCAGGCGCAUAUUUUGUAUUUUGUUCGAUAGACAGUCUUUCCUCGUUACUAAUUCUCUUCAUUUAGUCCACUGAUGCUCUAUCUCUCUCCCUCUCUCCCUAGACUUGUAUUUACAGUCUUCUACACCUGCGAAGCCUGCAUCAAGGUGAUCGCCUGCGGCCUCAUCAUUGA